UCUGUUUGUGAUAUAACAAGCUUAUCACAUGUUUGAAAAAUUAUUGAUAAUUUAUCGCACAAGUAUCACAAUGGACUCUUUAGACUUAUUAGCGAGGGAGGACGAGUUCAAGAAACUGAACAAACAAUUGGAGAAGAAAACGGAAAGUUUAAUGAAGGAAAUAGAGUAUGUUAUGCAAAAGCAGGAUUUCUUCACCGAAUUCUCACAUACUUUAUCACCAAAUGUGAACAAGAAUAAUCACAGAAAGCACUCCUGCGAUAGCCAAAACCAAGCACCGCAACAAAACAGUACCCCAACUAAAUCGAUACUUAGAAGAAGUUCAAAACCAACAAAAAAUGGUCAAUUACAGUCUGAAAUAAAUUCCAAGAUAGGAAAUUUAAAUCAAAACUGUAUUGCUAACAAUACACACAUACAUAAUAUAGACAUUACUAAUAAUCAUAUUGGAUGUGCAAGUAAUUCUACAGGAUGUCCAAGUAAUUGUACAGGAUGGCCGAGUAAUAACACAGGAUGUUCAAAUAAUUGCUCAGGAUGGCCGAGUAAUAAUACAGGGUGUUCAAAUAAUUGCACAGACUGUACAAAUCAUACAAAUCAAAUGGCUUGUGACUGUGAUUCUUUAAAUAAAUCUAAGAGGAAUGAUGAUGUCGAAUUCUUACAUGCUUUUGUAUCAGUUAAUGUACAAGAGAAGGUGUUGCCGCAGUCUUUUUUAAAAGAUAACAUAAGCAUAGAAUCUAUUUGUAAAUUCUUGUCGUCGAAAAUCAAGCUUAUGCAAGAACAGAUGGAUAAACUACAGAGCACACUAGACAGUAAGGCAGCACAGUGUAAAAUCCACCUGACGGUACAAGCGGAGCUAGAAGGCGAACGUAUGUCGUUGUUGAACAAUUCGCAAAACUGCCGGGCGGCGGCAGCCGACGCCAGGGCCAAGUGUACAGCUAUGGAGAACAAAUUAAACGAAAAGGACAGACUAUACAAAGAGCAGAGAAGCGAAGCAGACAAACUGUUGUCGGAAGUAAAGCGACUGAGAAGCAAAAAUGCUAACCUCGAAGCGAAGUGUUCAACGCAAGAAGAGACUAUUGAGAAUCAGAAGCAACAAUUGGAUGUUGCGAAACGAAGUGAAAAGGAAUUCCGAGAUUCAUCCCGGAACCUCUCAGCAUCCCACCAGAACGCCAUCUGCCGACUCGAGGAGAGAGUUAAAUUGUUAACAGCGUGCAUAGAGAAACAGAAAUCUCUCAUAGACAAUUUACGUCGGCAGAACGCCAUCUUGCUCACAGAGGGAGCUGUAAAGGCCCUGGAGAGAGAAUACUGUAAUUUUUUGACACAGGAGUAAUAGGUUUUAUUUAUGUACCAUACGUUUAUGGUAUGGGUUCUAUAGAGUCAUUACGUCAAUGCUUUAAAGAAUCAAAUAACCUCACAGUUGCCUCACAGUACAUUUAUGAAAAUAUUAUGUAUACAAGGAAAUACUUAGAUAGUUUCAAAAAAUUUAAAGACUGUACAAGUAGAAACUUACGCAAUAAAAAUAACCUAAUUUUACUUAAAAUAAUGUAAAUAAUACUAAUGACAUAACACCAGUCACUUUAAUGAAAAGGCUCAAAAUAUGUACACACACACACGUACAUACACACACAUACAUAUACAUACACAAAGCACUUACUUGGUUUCGGCCCGUAAGUAUGGUAUACGCCACAAAACGUAAAAAACCAGCAAAAUUUGAGAAAAUGAAACAAUAGUGAAAAUAAUAAUAAUAAUCUCGGGACAAAUCACACAGCGCCAUCUAGACUCAAGUUAAGCUAGCUAAAGCUUGUGUUAUGGGUACUAGAUAACUGAUACAAAUAUAUAGAUAUUUAUUUUCGUAAAUACAUACAUAUUAUACAUAGAAAACAUACAAACAAUCAUACUCAUGAAUACAAAUGUUGGUGCCAUGCGAGGAAUCGAACCCGCGACCAU